AUGGUUAGUUCUUCUGUGGAAAGGGCCACGAGCGAUAUGCUUAUCGGUCCAGAUUGGGCUAUGAAUAUCGAGAUCUGUGACAUGUGCAACCGUGAUCCUGCACAAGCAAAAGAUGUUAUAAGAGGUAUAAAGAAGCGGCUUGGUAGCAAAAAUCCAAAAGUCCAGCUUCUUGCCUUGACGCUACUGGAGACUGUUGUGAAGAACUGUGGUGAUAUUGUUCAUAUGCAUGUUGCUGAGAAAGAUUUACCCCAUGAGAUGGUGAAAAUUGUGAGAAAGAAGCCAGACUUUCAAGUAAAAGAGAAGAUAUUGAUUCUAAUAGAUACUUGGCAAGAAGCUUUUGGAGGACCAAGGGCAAGAUAUCCCCAGUAUUUUGUGGCAUAUCAGGAUCUAUUGCGUCUUGGUGCAGUUUUUCCUCAGAGAUCUGAGAGGUCUGCACCUGUUUUCACACCACCACAAACACAUCCAUUGACAUCUUAUCCACCUAAUCUUCGUAAUACUGAAUCUGGACCUGAUGUUGCUGAAUCUUCUGCAGAAGCUGAGUUUCCAACAUUAAGCUUGACAGAACUUCAAAAUGCUCGUGGUAUCAUGGAUGUUCUUGCUGAAAUGCUGAAUGCAUUGGAUCCUAGCAACAAAGAGGGACUUAAGCAGGAUGUCAUCGUUGAUCUAGUGGAACAGUGUCGUAAUUACAAGCAAAGAGUGGUGCACCUUGUUAACUCGACGUCGGAUGAAUCGUUAUUAUGCCAAGGGCUAGCACUGAAUGAUGACUUGCAACGUUUACUGGCUAAGCACGAGUCAAUUGCUUCUGGAGCUAUCUCUGCUCAGUUGGAGAAGCCAAAAUCUGUAGUAGAGAAGCCAAAUUCAGAACCUUCUAAAGCUUUGGUCCUUGUUGAUGCCCCUCUUAUCGAUACAGGCGAUACCACUCAAGACUUACAGUCAUCAUCCAACACUAGCUUAGGGAGUCAACUAUCCCUCACUGCUCCCCGGGCUAAUAACGGUCAGCCGACAACUCCAGAGAAAGCCGACCCAAAAAUAGACCUUUUGAGUGGAGAUGACUUCAAUUCGCCCACGGCAAACUCUCUGGCUCUUGUCCCCGUGAGCCAACCUCAGACGGCGAGCCCCAUUGCGUCACAGCAGAAUGCGCUUGCUCUUGUCGACAUGUUCUCAGGAAGUAAUAACAGCCAGCCUCUGAAUCCCAUUGGGCAAGCCUAUCCUUCCUCUCCCCAAUUCCAGCAGCAAACGAAUUUACAGUCUCCACAGACUUCUUUCUACCCCAACGGCGCCGUAUCUGGUCCCAUGGUAGCUCAACAGGAUCAACCGCUCUACUCACAAGGCUCUGGUUCUGCAUGGAGUGGCCAGAUGGCCCAGCAACAGCAGCCUCCUUCACCCAUUUAUGGUACUCAAAACAGUGCCUUUCCCCCUCCACCAUGGGAAGCUCAACUGGAUGAUAGCAGCAGCCUUGCCAGCCAGCCUCCACAAAUGCAAGCUGUAAACCCAACAGGCCCAUCACCGAGUGCCACAUAUCCCCCUGUCGGCAACAAUCAGGUCAUCGGCCCAUACAACGGCCACCUCCCCGCUAGUAAUCAAAUGUCGGGCCCAGGCCCAAACCCAAACCCCAUGGUCAUCUAUCCUCAGCCAAUGCAAUCCGGACAGAUGAUGGGUUACACGUAUCCUCAGCAGAUGUAUGGAAACCAGAUGGCCGGUUACGGAUAUGGUUAUGGCUAUGGCUAUGGCCCACAGCAAAAUGUACAGUUCAUCCAGCAAGGCAUGUCUGGUCUAUCUAUGAGGGACGAUAGCGGGCUCAGAGGUUCUUUGUACUCAUCGUCGAGUGUGCGGCCAUCCAAGCCCGAGGACAAGCUGUUUGGGGACUUGGUUGACUUGUCUAAGUUCAAACAAGGAAAAACUACACCAGGUAGAGCUGGGAGCAUGUGA